AUGGAUACGUCCAUAAGAUUAGGAGAAUCUAGCGAUUUGCAAAGCGCUCUGGACUCAGUACAAAGUUGGGCUGUGGAAAAUAAAAUGGAACUGAAUGCCAAAAAGACAAAAGAUAUGUGGAUUAACUUCACCGAAGCACCGCCCCCUCUACUACUGCAUAUAGGAGAUGCUAUCAUAGAAAGAGUCGAUAAUUUUAAACUCUUGGGAACCUGGUUUCAAAAGGACCUGAAAUGGAAUAAACAUGUCGAGGAGACCACCCGCAAAGCAGCUAAAAACCUGUACUGCCUACGAGAAUGUAGAAGAGCGAAUCUACCAGUCGAAGUGGGUCUCACCACUUAUUUAACUAAAAUCAGGCCUAUCCUUGAAUAUUGUUCUCCAGUGUGGGGUGGUCUGCCACGAUAUCUAAAGGACGAAUUGGAACGUGUGCAAAGGAGGAGUCUACGAAUUAUUGGCCUCCCGCAUGGUUACCUGCCAUGGUUACCUGCCUUCCCGGUGAUCCAAGUCAUAUCUUCUAUCAACGAACUAUGGAACAUAAUAAACAUAACUAUAAUCUUAGGCGUAGAGACGGUAUAUUUAAAUACGCACCUUUCUCAGGCACUGAACGACACAGAAAUAGUUUUGUCCCACGAGCAAUAA